UCUAAAGCGGGAGACGAACAUUGUCCAUCUCCCAAUUCACUGUGGACUUGUUCAGCAUGGCUCAAGCAGACAGUAGGAAAACCGUUCCUGGUCAGGUCACCAUUGUGAUGGGGACAGCAGGGAGCGGAAAGAGUACCAUUGCAAAAGCACUCGCCGACGCACUUGCUCCCAAUGCGGCAUACCUUGAUGCUGACGAUUUCCAUUCUGAAGAGAACAAGCAAAAGAUGGCAAGAGGUGAGCCACUGACGGAUGAGGACCGUUGGCCAUGGCUCAGACGGUGUGUGGAAGAAAUCAAAAAGCAGUUAUCACAAACACCAUCUGCCUACAUUUUCUUUGCAUGCUCCGCAUUGAAGAAAGCGUACAGAGAUUUUCUUCGUCAAGCGGGGUCUCCAGAACAUCCUAUCCGAUUCUUGUAUCUCAAAGGGUCCAAAGAACUCCUCGCGAAACGGGUCGCAUCCCGUCCUCACCAUUUCUUUAAAAUGCAAUUAUUAGAUAGCCAAUUUGCGACUCUUGAAGAGCCGGAUCCCAAGUCAGAGCCUGAUGUUGUGGUAGUCAGUGUGGAUGGGACUGUACAAGAAGUUCUGCAGCGAGCCAAGGAGGCUCUUGGUCUAUGAUUUGCAGCAUCAACCGUUUGUAGUUUUAAGGCCUUUGCUACAUUUUGUAUAGGGUCCAUAGUCAUCUGUAGUGCUGCAUAUUAUCUUUCAGGUUAUAUUAUUUUCUGUAUCUGAGGGUAUAAUGAGAUUUAUUGGUGAGGUGCUCUGGCGACCGCGCGGAGACGAACGGCGA